GUCUCUGGGUUCAUUGGGCAGCUUUGCAGCUGGAGACGUGGUGAUGAUGCAUCCCCAGAACUCUGCAGAGGACGUGCAGCUCUUCUGCCAGCUGCUCCGGUUGGACCCGGAGUCCAGGUUCUGUCUCAGAGCCACAGGCGACGCUCCAGUUCCACCCAGACUGCCUCAGCCCUGCUCCGUGCGCCACCUGGUGGAGCGUUACCUGGACAUCGCCGCCGUGCCUCGCCGCUCCUUCUUCGAGCUGCUGUCCACCCUCGCCACCAACGAGCUGGAGCGGGACAAACUGACCGAGUUCAGCUCGGCGGCCGGACAGGACGAGCUGCACAGCUACUGCAACCGGCCGCGGCGCACGGCGCUGGAGGUUCUGUCAGAUUUUCCUCACACCACAGCAGAAAUCAGAGCAGAUCACCUCCUGGAUCUGUUCCCAGAGAUCCAACCUCGGUCCUUUUCCAUCGCCUCCUCUCUUAAGGCUCACCCAAACAGGCUGCAGGUCCUCGUCGCCGUGGUCCGAUAUAAAACCAAGCUGUACAAACCCAGGAGAGGCCUCUGCUCCUCAUGGUUAGCCUCUCUGGACCCU